UUUGGUAUAUUGAAUUUGAAGGGACAAGUAUUUAAUGUUGAGGCUGAAUUGUCCCUUGCAAGUAAGGAUCAACGCUUUAGUGUGUUGGCAUGCUCAAAUUGUAAGCAAUUGUUCACGAGAUAUAACGUGCGAAGGGAAAUCUACUGCACAGGUUGUCACCAAUCCACACAUCUUAUUCCUAGAUGUCAAUUUGAAGUUACUAUUAAGGACAACAACGGUUUUGCAAUAGCUAUUAUUUCGGAUGAAAUUGCAGAGAAAAUGUUGCACCUCACUUCAGAAGAGAUUUAUGAAAUUUGCUUCAUCAAGAAAGAAACAUUAUCGCUCCAAAAUGUGGAAGAUCAAUUGAACAGCAAGAUAUUCAACAUUCAAAUGAAAAGGCUAUUCACAAAAAAAAUGGAUGCAACACAAAAAUUAUUCAUUUUGUCUUACCUGGAGAAACAAGAUGUAAUUCAUAAACCAAUGACAUCUACGACUGUCAAUGUUACAGAUGCGAAAAAGCACACAAAUGAACAUCUUAGUACAGGGGAAAAAGAAUAUCCAAGCAUGUUGGAACACUAUUGUUGUGGUUCUCGAAACGGUCAUUUUUUGCACUCUUUUGCUGCUGCCACUGAAUGCCGUGUUUUGCAAGCUUCUGAUGUUGCUAUGUGGAUGCCUUGUGUUCCUCUUCUUUUGUGGAAAUUGAAAAUAUUUUCUCAUGUGAUAGCAGAUAAAGCCUGUGUAAUUGUUUCUUCACAUGCAAUUGCACAACCAUUUUUCAAUCAUUGCUCAGGAUAUUUGGAGAAUCAUUGGUUUGGAAAGUUCACACAUGAUGUGGUUCUUCAGAGGGAGGGAUGA